UUUUUUUAUCUUUAUAUCAUACAUGACACCAAAUGAAUUAUUAGUGCUCUUAAAUGAACUUGUAUCCUUAUUGGACAUCAGUUCUAUACUUGAUAGUGAAUCUUUUAUUAAAAGAGUUUGGGAUCGAUCAAAAGAGUUAAAGUUGUUACAAGAUGACAAGAAGCUAACUGAUUGUGCUAUUCAGUUAUGGAACAAGACAAUUCAAAUAAAACUUGAUUUGAAUAAUAAGCAAGUAUUGAAAAUAUUAGCUAUCUUAAAAAGUAUAUGUUUUCAUAUAUUACAUAAGAAUACAUUAUGGAAGACAGAAUAUAAAUGGGAAUAUUUACAACUGACAACAAGUUUAUUUAAGCUUUGGUUAGAUUGUGAUCAUAGUCAUCAUAGUAGAACAGAAUUAUCACUUAUUAUGAGUGAAAUAAAGAGAUUUAAUCAAGAUUACUACCAAACUGAACAUAUUCAAUGUCUGGCCUCCUUUCAAAUCAAAACACUACUUAGAAGUUAUAUGUAUCAAUCAGAAUAUUCAUCUCGAUAUGAAAAUUGGUCCGAGUCAAAGUCUUUUUUUGACAAGUCUUCAAACAUGUUAUCAAUGCUAUCUUCAAAAGAUAGGCAAGGAGAAACUAUUUAUCUUUAUUAUAUUACUCUUGAUAUUGGAUAUGCUCUUGUAAAAAAUAAUUCAAGCUAUAACAAAAGAUCAUCUGAUAUACUACAUUGGAUAAUAUGUGCUUUUGAUAAAAUAUUCAAUUCUUCCAAUGGAGGAACGGAAACUAUGCUCCCAGAUUAUCUUUCUCAACGUUUCAUGAAGCUUAUAAUAUGUAUCUGUCAAAAGGAUAACGAUAUUUUACCAGAUAAUCGUAUCUAUUCAUCGAUUAAUACAUUUGAUAAAGUAUUAAAUAGUGAAAAUAAAACGACAACUGUCAUUUAUUACUUGGCAAAGAUUCAACUCUUUUUAAAGUCAUUAUCCUCAUCUUCUUCUAAUGAUAUUUUAAAGAACAAAUUCGAAAAAGAGUAUUUCAAAAUGGUUGAAAAUAUCAAGAUAGGGAAUCAUCAAGAUUUAGCCUUAUUAUCGUCUAUUAUUCGUAAAAUAAAUCAGCAUCAAUAUAUCAAUGUCUCCAACUUGAUGAGUAGUUUGGACAUUUUAAUUCAUAGAACAGAGAAUGAAACGAAUCAGACUUCAAUUAUAGAUAGUAGCACGCUUUAUUUAUUCAAAAUCUAUCUUCUUUCUGAAUUAGUUUUAGAAAACCAUUCGCGUUCAAUUGAAUUUAAUAAAGAUAUUCUAAGACAUGCCAUGGAUGAUAUCUAUUUGGUGAAAGAAGAUAUUCAACUUGUAGAUUUAUCUGCUAUUCAAUUGAUAUUAUGGAAAACAGGAGAUAUCUUUUAUCAUAAAAAACUAUAUGACCUUGCUUUACCAUGGUAUCGAUAUGCUUCAAGUAUCUCAGAAUCUACUUUUCAAGGCGUAAAUAAUACCAUGAUUUUAACUAGAAAACUUGUAUUCUGUUAUAUUCAUUUAAAUGAUAUCAAUUCUACUUACGAUUGCUUACGAAAGGCAAUCUAUUAUAUGAAUGAUGAUGAUGAUGAUGAUAUGAAUAGCACAAUACAAGUAGAAAAUUCUAUUUUGUUUAUUAAAUAUAGUUUAUUACAAACAAAAGAAGUAUCAAAGAGAAAAGAAACUUUAAUUAUUCCAAUUCUGAAGAAUUUAAUUCAAUCUACAGAAUUUAAAUUAGAUUACUUUGAAGACAUAUUUGAAUACUGCUAUCAAUAUGCUAAGGAAGGCUCUGUUGUUAAGGUUAUCUUGAAUUAUCUAUUUGAAUAUUUCAGUAUGAUAGAAAAGGAUAAUAAGAAUGAAAAUCAAAUAUUAUUAUUAUUUAUUCAUUUACUUGUCUUUGCAUUAAAAUGUAUUAUUCAUAUAAAGACAAAUGUAUAUGAAUCAGUCAAAAAGGAUGGAAAGUCAAGAACUGGAAAAUUAAAUUUUAACCCCAUAUCUUCCUAUAUGAAUAAUGUUUGUCAAUUGCUUGUUACAAUGAAUUUAGAUGAAAUGAAUAAUGAAGUUAAAUUGAUAAAUGAUAUCGAAUGGAUGUUACAAACUUCUUGGAAUUUAGGGCUCUUUUGUUUUAGUGCUGGAAGACAUGAAGAAGGAACAUUAUUAUUCAAUAUCGUGAAUAAACUUUUCCCUUUCUUUGAUAUCUUAACAAAGGGUUUUACAGUAGAACAAAAGCGUGCUCGUACUUUUCUUUUUACUUGUGCAUUUUUAUUAAUAUGCAAACAUGAUGUAAAGGAUACAGAGUUUUAUAAAUUGGAUGAAAAAGAAAUUUUAAAUACACUUAAAUACUUGAGAAGUUCCGACAAGGUCGGUGAAAUGGAUGCUAUUUCUAUACUUGCAAGCUUAUUUGAAACGGAAAUCUAUGUUAAACAACAUCAAUUUCAUGAAGCCAUUAACAUGUUUAAGUCUCUCGAAUCUAUGACUGAGUCUUCUUUUUCAAUAUUGGAACGAAUGGCGGGGAUCAUAUUAUUGGAUACUGAAUGUCCUUUAGAUGAUGCAUUUCUUGUAUUGAAGAUUUUACAUUCUUCACCUUUAAUCCUUCAAGCAAAUAUUGAAGAUUAUGCAAAAUGGACAUGCUUAUUUAUAUCUGUAACAGUAAAAAGAAAUGAAUUGAAUGACUUGUAUGAAAGUUUAAAGACUGUCAUAGAUCAUCAAAUGUAUAAAAAGGCAGGAUUUCCUCAACAUGAGCUUUAUUAUUUAAUUGCUAUUGCCUGGAAUGAAGGAAUGACUUGCUACUUGAAAUCGGAUCCAUUAGGAAAAUGUUGGUGUCAAAUUGCAUUCGAAUUGUUAAACAAUUUAAAAGAUAAAGAUAAAAGAGAACAGCUUUCUAUACAAAUGAAAGAUGCAUGUCAAUUAUUUCAAAUCGAUUAACUAAGAUUGAAGAAUGUACUUACACUACCCUUUAUACUAGCUAUUUUAAUAUUAUGUAGAAUUAACUUUCAUAAUAGCAUACAGCAACAAAAAAAGUGAUAUAAAUAAAAUUAUUAAUCAAAG